AUGGUAAAAUCACUACAUGGCUCAAUUUCUAAGCUAUUCAAAGCAAAAACACAACAUUCUCUUCUUUUGAGUCAAGUUGAAGAAGCUAGUGCCACUACCAAUAUUAGUGAAAAUAUGGAUGAGGUCAUUGAGGAGCCCAUGAAUGAAGAUUAUGAAGUCACUUAUGCGGAUGGAAGUCGUAAGGAGGAAGCUAGUGAUGAAGAUCAUGAAGAGCCUGUGAAUGAAAAUGUUCAUGAAAGCAUACUUGAUCUUGAGAAAGAUGUGGAAGUAAAUUAUGAUCCGGGAUUGUGGGGAAGUAUAAAUGAUACUAAGAGGGUGAUGAUAGUUCAACGUGGUCCUAUCAAGAUUUUAAAGAAAAAUGAUGAGUUUCCAAGUGAAAAGAAGAGUGAGAGAAAUAGAAGUUUUUCUUCCAAAUAUUACAUCCGUGAAUUUCCAAAUGGCGAGAAGCAUAAAAGGAAAUGGCUUGUCUAUUCAAAUGAACUGAAUAGGUGGGUUGACUUGCAAAAAGGACUAAAACUAAAGGCAACAAUUGAUAAAAAUAUAGAAGCACAAAUUGACAAAGAGAAAACUCGUUGGAAGAUGAUACUAGUUCGAAUCAUUGCAGUUGUGAAGACUCUUUCUCGAAAUAGUUUGCCAUUUUGUGGAACUAAUGAGAAGAUUUAUGAGAAGAACAACGGACUUUUUUGUCAACUUAUAGAGUUCCUUGUAGAAUUCAAUCCAAUUAUACAAGAUCAUGUUCGGCGUGUGGUAGAUAAAGAAGUUCAGAACCAUUAUCUUAGCCAUAAACUUCAAAAUGAAUUGAUAAUUUUGUUGGCCAAUGAGAUCAAAGCAAAAAAUUCUUAA